AUGAUAUCCAGGCUUCUCAAACCUUUGGCUGUAGUUGGAGGAGUAGCACUCGACAUCACUGGCACAAUUCAAGCUAGUGGUUCUCGUUCUCGUUCCGUUCUCCACACCUCCACACCCGGCAAGGUUAAGCAGAGCCUGGGUGGUGUGGGACGUAAUGUGUGCGAGGCUUCAAUGAGAACGGGUGUUCCUAGUUUUAUGGUAUCAAUGACAGGCCAAGAUUUAGCAGGAGCUACCAUUAGAGAAGGGAUGCAUCUUCUUGGGAUGGUCUACAAUGCAUUACAUACUGGGGAUGGCCAACUAGUUGCUGCUGUGGCAGACAUGGAUAUCUUUGACAGUCUCGAAUCAUCUACUGCAAUAUUCUUUGAACCAACAUCUGUACCUAAAUCACUCAAGGUAUUUGAGCACGAGGAUGUUCUCUCUUCUGGAGUAGUCAACUAUGUAUCUCCAAAUCAAUAUGAAUUGGAGGCCAUGGUGGAAACAGCACGCAGACAACGUCCUGCGGUUAAUCACAGUAAGAUCAACAUCGGAAAUAUAGUGACAGCGACAAUGACGACCCCUGAUAUCGUGGAGAAGGUGCUACCGAUGGCACACUAUCUGUCGCAAUUUGUACCGAACAUCGUCACGAAGCUGGGCGAAUACGGCUGUCUUUUGGUCAGCAAUAAUAAAUCACAUGUCCACACUCAAUACUUUCCACCAGAGAUCAUUGACCCCACUGCGAUCAAGAGUGUGACAGGAGCAGGAGAUUGUUUUGUCGGCACUUUACUUGCCAACCUAUUGAUAUUGGACAAACCAAGUCCUACUAGAUGGGCAGAAAUGAUACAACAGUCACAAAAGUCAUCUAUACUAACUCUUCAGUCGGAUUUGGCUGUGAGUGUAGCAAUCAGUCAAGAACUGUUGGAUAUCUUUCUAUUGGUUCUUGUGUUUGCGUUUACUUUUGCAUCUGUAAUUGCGGUUGUGCGUGUAUUACAGGAUCUAAACCCAAACACUAAAGAUUCAAAUUAG